CAGUAGGGCGGCGCGGAGGAAUAGUGGGUGGGGGAACAGGAGGGCCAAGGAAGGUAGGUGGAGGAUCCUCGGUCCUCCACUGAAAUGAAGGCCCAGCCACAGUAAGCCCAGGAUGACACACUGUGAGAGGACUGAGAGGAAGAAUCAGGGUGAUGGGUGAUGUUGCUCAGUUGGGCAAGGAGCUGGAGGAGGAGGUGGAGGAACUCUUGAGAGAGGAGAAAGAGAGAACUUUCUCAUGGGUGGAAGAGUUCAACAUCAACAUGUGGAAGUUCCGAGAAGUGAACCCAGUGAUAAUGAGGAGCCUGGAGGAUGAACUGGAUCUUUCUAACUGGGAGCCUAUUGCUGAGACUCUUGGCCUCACCAACUCACAAAUAGAGCGGUGCCAGAGAAGCAAUGCCUUCACCCACACAGUGUUCACCACGAUGGAGGAGUGCCCACACUUCCAGGACCUUACUGUUAAGAGGUUCCUGAAGACCCUACUUGAGCACAACCGCCGAGACAUUCUCUCCAAGCUGGAGAAGUUUGUGCGCCUGAAGCCAAGGAGUGAUGCUGCUAAGACCUUCACUCUGUCUAUCCAGAGGGAUCCGCAGGUGCUGGUGGUGGAAUCCAGCUUGGGCAGCGUUGAUGGCAAGCAGUCAGGGUUCCGGGCAAAGGUGCUGCUGAUCCAUGCCCAGGACACCAGGGAGGAUGCACUGCAGCUUGCAUCUCAGCUGAGGAAUCCCAUGGAGGGCAAGAGAUUGUAUGUGUUGCUUCUGCAAGAGUCUAAGAACACACAAGUUAAGAGCAGCCUGAGGUGUGAUCCAUGGAACAGUAUCCACAAGUGGUUCAUGAAGGUUGACGCUGUGGUGCCGGUACUGUCGCCUCAGUUUCUGCGUCAGAUUCAGAACAGAGACUUCAGCAGAGAGAGUGAGUGGGAGAAACGCUACAACCGCUUUGCCUACUCGAUGAUGCUAGACCAGUAUGUGGAGUACGGGAGCAAGAAUCGGUUCUGCCGUGCCGUUUGUCCUGCCAGAUUCCUGGAGGAGGUGAGCCAGAAUGAGCUUGUUAAACUGAGCGGCCUCUUCAAGUACCACUGGAACUGUUCAUCGGAGGAGGAGCUAAGGGAGUGCGCCAAGACCCUUUACAGCGGUGCAAAGGAGUGGAGGGAGAUGAGGAGAAAUUUGAAAGAGAACAGACAUAGAAUGACAUCAGAUUGCAGGAGUCCUUAGGAUUUAGCACAAUAAGAUCAAUAAUUCUCUUAGAUGAGUGACCUAAAGUAAAGCAGCUUAGUCUGGCUUAACUUAACUGAGCUAGCUAUUUCUGGUAUGGGCUAAGAUAGGCUAUGUUAGGUUAUAUUAAGUUAUAUAACCUAACCUAUCUUGACUCAACUUAAACUAGCUCAUGGUAGACUGCAAUACUUUUGAAGCCUCAUGUUUGUGAGAGUUUAGUAUGUCUGGUAAAGAUUUGCCUGUGACCCAGACAGUACCACAGGCAUACACAUCAGUCACACUCCUGACUAAGACUGAGAACUAAAUGGAAACAAGCCUGCCAUGGCCAUCCCCUUAAAAAGACUGCAAGGAACUGGUGCUAUUUCUGUUAGUUUAAAUUAUUGGGAAUACUUGUGAAUGCAUGCAUAUGUGGCUAGCCUGUCUCAGUCAGUAGUAGCUUUCAGGUGCAGUAUCAGUUUAGUGUGUAAGUAAUUUCUAAAGUGUGGUUUUAUUUGUAGGAUAACUAAACACCAUGUUACUGUGUAAGGACUAUUUAUAUUGUGCUAUUCCUCAUCCUAUACAUUGAUGUGACAUCUGGUUUAUUUGGGGAAAUUUGUCAAUAUAUCUAUGCAUAUAUGA